CCAUGACACGGGCGAGUCGGGGAGAGUCAAGUUCUCGGUACUAUCAAAGUGCAACAACCUUUUACAUAGUUGCCUAGACAGAUAAACAAACGUGUUCUGUGAAAAAAAUGACCAGCUCGAACUCGAAGCUAGUGGGCGAAUAUGCCGAGAUCCGUCAGAUGAUGCACGGGUUCGGCGAUCACGCCGAGCCACUCGUAGAGACUGCCAAACUCGUCGACGAGGUCGUCAACCAGCAGAUGCGCUCGAUGUUACGCAAAGCCUGCGAGGUGGCCGCGACCCGCGAAAGCUCGAUGGUCGGCAUGGAGGACUUUUUGUUUCUGCUCAGGAAGGACAAGGUCAAACUGCACAGAAUGCUCAAUUACUUGAAAAUAAAGGAAUUCAAAGCCAAAAUGAGCAGUACGCUUGACGGUGAAUCUCCACUCACCUCUCCCAAUCCGUUACAAUUGGAUCUCAAUCAUAAAGCACCGUAUAUGAAAUUUUUAAAAAGUAUUGAUAAUACUGGUCAAUUAUUGAAUGCUGAAAAUGUAGUAGAUUAUACCAAGCAAAAGCGAAUUGAGAGGAUCGAUAGAAUGACACAAGACAUGGAUAGAUGGAAAUAUCUAGAAUUUAGUAGAGCCAGGUGUGCGACUUUUUCCCUUAAGAAAAGCAAUAAAUUUAAUAAAUUCAACGAGUGGAUUGCAGCUAGUGGGGACAUGCCGUUACACAAAUCUGCUUACACUGCACUAAGUUACUUAGCUUACGAAACCAUUGGACAAAUUGUUGAUCUCGCAUUUUUAGUCAGACGAGAUCAAAACAAAAUCAAUGGUGAUCCAAUCGACAGACUGAGAACAAGUUAUCCAAAUCCUUAUACGUAUAAGCCAUAUCAGUAUCAUAAGGCAAUUAGCAUAAAACCAUUAACCCCAGCAGAAGUUCAAGAAGCCCUGCGUCGUUACUGGUCUCCUCAAUUAGAAAUGACUGGACCAUUUCAGAGGUGGACCUAUACAAAACCUGAGCUCAAGUUACUCACAUGUUAAUGAUACUUCAAGUAUCUACAAAGUACCUGAGCCAGCGCAUAUACAUCGUCGCCGCCAGUGCAUCAAACACACGCGCAAUCUGCGUUUGGAUCAUCGCUUUAAUAUUACAUUAUUGUUUCUAAGCACGUUUGAUGGUGCAAACAAAUCGAGUCACGCAUCAAAUUUAGUCUGCAUCGACGUAACGAUAAUUAUGUUA